AUGUCACAGGUGUCUCCUGCUGCAGCCCCUGCUACCACGGUGUCUCUCCUGCUGCAGCCCUGUCACGGUGUCUCCUGCUGCCAGCCCUUCACGUGUCUUCUGCUGCAGCCCUUUGUCCCAGUGUCUCCUGCUGCAGCCCCUGUCACGGUCGUUCUCCUGCUGCCAGCCCUUGCUCAGUGUCUCGUGCUGCAGUCAGCCCACUCUCACCGUGUCUUCCUGCUGCCGAGCCCCUGUCACAGUGUCUCCUGCGCCCUGUCACCGGUGUCUCCUUGCUGCAAGCCCCUGUCCUCGGUGUAUCUGCAGCUCACCUUCACAGUGCUCAUGCCUGCAGCCCCGUCACGAGUGUCUCCGCUGCAGCCCCUGUACGAGGGUGCUCUCCUGCCUGCAGCCCCUGUCACGGUCACUGUCUCCUGCUGCAGCCCCUGUCACGGUGUCUCCUGCUACCCCAUUCCACAGUGUCUCCUGCUGCAGCCCCUGUUCACCUCUCUUGCUGCGCCCCUGUCACGGUGUCUCUUGCUGCAGCUGUCACCGGUGAUUUCUCUGCAGCCCUUUUCACAGGUGUCUCCUGCACUGCAGCCCCUGUCAACAGUGUUCCUGCUGCCAGCACCUGUUCACGGUGUAUUCUGCCGUGGCAGCCCCGCUGUUCACAGUGUCUCCUGCAGCCCCGUGUUCACAGUGUCUGCCUGUCAGCCCCUGUCACCACUGUCUCUGCCAGCCCCUUCAACACUGGGUCUCCUGCAGCCCCUUGCAGUGCUCUCCUGCUGCAGCCCCCUGUCACAGUUUCUUCCUGCUGCAGCCCCUGUCACGGUGUCUCCUGCUUGUAGCCCUGUCACGGUGUCUCCUUGCCUGCAGCCCCUGUCACAGGGGUUGUCUCCUGCCUGCCCGCCCUUUCACAGUGUCUCCUACUGCAGCCCCUGUCCCGCGUUCUCCUGCUCCAGCCCCUGUCACGGUGUCUCCACUGCAGCCCCGUGUCACAGUGUCUUCCUGCUGCAGCCCCUGUCACAGUGUUCUCCUUGCUGCCAGCACCCUGUCACGGUGUCUUCCUGCUGA